AUGAAUAGGCUUCGAAAACUGCUGAAGAAGGAGGAAGAAGAUUCCAUUACAAGGAAUCGUCAAAGAGCCUUAGUAAUGCAAGUAGCUACUUCAGAAAUCCAAAGGAUCCAGGAGGAAGAAUCGCAAUGGGGUGUUUCUCGAGAAGGCAGGCGGUACAUCCCAAUAGAGCGGGAAGAUAUGGAUCAGCGAUUGAAGGCUCUGUACUUCACUUCACCAUGUAGGUUUCAAGGUGAUAUUUUUUGUAGAAGAUACAGAAUGCGCCCUUAUUUAUUUGACCAGAUGAUGCAUGAAGUUGCCAACCACAAUCCUUACUUCGUCCAAAUGCGUGACACUUCCGGUAGAGUUGGUUUCUCUGUCGAACAGAAGCUAACAUGUGCCAUGAGGAUGCUUGCUUACGGCCUUAUUGAGGAUCUGUGUGAUGAGGUCCUUGACAUAGUUGAAUCUUCAGCUAUGGAGAUUUUGCAACACUUUACCAAAGCAAUCUGGAAUGUGUACCACAAGCAUUACCUAUGUCGAUCAUUACCGGCGGAUUUGCAGUGGUUGCUCAAUAUGGUUGAUAAAAGAGGGUUCCCUGGAAUGGUUGGAAGUCUCGAAUUCAACGCGAUCUACCCUAAAUGGGGGAAUUUUCUGAAAGCAAUGAGAAAUCCAAUUACGCCACAACAAGCUCACUUCACAAAGAUGCAAGAGUCAUUCAGAAAACAUGUGGAGAGGACAUUUGAAAUUCUCCUAGCUCGCUUUGCAAUUGUGAGAGGACCUAAUCGUGGAUGGGCCAGGGAAGAUCUCUUAUACAUUAUGAUGACAUGUAUUAUUUUACACAAUAUAAUUGUGGAAGAUGAGUGCGAGGAAGAAGAGGAUAUGGUAAUUGACCGAGAUGAGAUCACAACAAUGCCAAGGGCUGCAAAAGUAUAUGAUAUGUAUGAUAAUGAUCAUCAAGUUGAGCAUAACAUCUCCGCUCUGAUGAAUUGUUGCAUCGAUACCAAGGGCUUAGAUAUCCAAUUAUGCAUAAUUAUCUCCAAGAAGAUUUGGUUAAACACCUAUGGAAUGUGA